UCUCUAUUAGAUGAACUGAACUUGAUAUGUUCUAUUUCACCUAUGCCAAAUCACAGUGAAACGGUUUACAUUGUUCCACAACUUCUGCCAAUAACUGACUUGGGUCACCAGGUAUGGGUCCCAAAGCCCGUAUCUCAGAACCAUGAGUACUAUAUUGACUUCCAGCACUUUUAUCCAGAGUCAAUCUUCACAAGGUUGCUCUGUGUUUGUCUCAGGCAUCAACUAGACUGCAAUUAUUUGUCACCAAUCAAAGAUGCAACAAUAUACAGACACCAGGCAUGGUGCACAUAUGGGACAACACAUGCAUACCACUUGUGUCUUAGCAAGGACAUGCGCUGUAAAUGUAUCAAAGUGACAAUACGAUGUGAUGACAGUGAAUCUCCCCUAAGGGUCUUAGAGUUCCUGCACCAUAACCUGACUGCCAUAACAAAUGGUGAUUUCCAGAAAGUGAAAUACACAAUUGGUCCUGCUUGUCCUGCCUGUAAUGGAGAAAAUGGGGAAACUGAUGUGCAUGUCCUUUCUCUUGCAUCAGGGAAUGAUGUUGUCAGUGGAGCUUAUAACCAGUUCUGGUGUCACGGGGUUCUGAUAACCAUCAAUGAAGGAAAGAUUAAGCCAGAUGGUGAAACAGGUCAAAUACCAUCCAGUCCAAUAAGAGAAUCUAGAGGAGGCUCUUUCAAUGGUAGCCCACUUCAGACCCUUGAUGAUGAUACUCGCAUCGAAAAUUUACCUCACUCCCUAUACAGGGAGAUUCGUGAUACUCUUAGAAUACCAUCUAUUAGAGGAAGAGAUUACAAAGGGCUUGCAGGUCUACUGGGCAAGACAUUCCGUGAGGUUUCAUUACUUGAACUGGAACCCAAUCCCUGCGAUGCCCUUUUUAAAGACUGGAUAACAUAUGAUGAUGCUACACUUGGACACCUCAUCAAUCAUAUGAAAACAUUGGAACACUAUGAUAUCAUUUCUGCUAUUGAUGAGUAUAAGUCACAAAUGUAAAAAAGUACUUGAUAUACAUGAACUUACCUUAUACUCAAGGGUACCUACUUAAGUCCCCUGUAUAUGACAAGUGUUGACUAAUAAGCAUGCCUGUUUACCUUUGAAUUGAACUAUUUUUUUUAAUGAAUUUCAAUAUGUUAUCAGAUUGAUUAAUUCCUAUCUGCAAAAUGUAUGACAGCUAGCAUGAAUUCUUUGGGUAAAAAUAUGGUAAUUUUGAAAAACUUGAAUUAGUGCCAAUGACUUGACAUGAUAUAAUAUUUCAUUCAUUGCUUCGGUGUACAUAUUGUAAUGCAGUAAUCUGAAUACCUCCCCCCCCAUCUUGGUUAUUUUAUGACUUAUUUUUAUCAGUAUUGCCAAAUUUCAUGCACUCACAAACACUCAAAUGACACACGGAAGUUGAUAUAACAUACCUAGUGAAUAAAGUGAAGUGUUAUUCUGCUCAUGCAGCAUGAAUAAAUAUACUUGAAAAACAUGAUAAGUCAAGAAGU